CGAUUUGUUCUGGGCUCGGCAGCUCUUUUUGGUAGCAGGCAGCCAUCUUACCUGAAGCCUGAGAAAAGGAGAAGAGAGACAGAAGGAACGGGUGACACUGGUCUCAGGGCCGCCCUGGGGGCCUCGAGAGCCGGAGGCAGCCCCAGAGGUGGUCCUCUGGUCCUAGACUAAGCUCUUGGACCCAAGAAGGGAAGGUGGAGGGCGGCUGUAGCAAGAUGGGUGGGAAAUGUCAAGCAAGACUUGCUGGGCGGGGGACGGGCGUUGCCAUAGCGACUGGGAAGGGGCGGGGUCAAGUCUGAAUAGCUGCUGUGAGUCACUGGGGCGCUGCCCAGGAAGGACAGAGCUGGGGUGAUGACCAUGGUGACAGUCUUAUGGGGAUUUCGCGACAUCCCGAGUCUGGAAGGACUCAGUGUCAAUAGCAACAGUCACCUGGCAGAAGGGUUGGAACUAGAUGCCUUCUCUUGGGACGCUGACAUUCCAAGCCCUUGUCCUGCAGGCUCCCGCAGGCCGACACGCCAGAGGAGGAGGCCGGGGAAUGGCCGCUGUGUGGCAGCAAGUCUUAGCAGUGGACGCGAGGUACAACGCCUACCGCACACCAACGUUUCCACAGUUUCGGACUCAGUAUAUCCGUCGGCGCAGCCAGUUGCUGCGGGAGAAUGCCAAGGCUGGGCACCCCCCAGCAUUGCGUCGGCAGUACCUGAGGCUGCGGGGUCAGCUGUUGGGUCAGCGGUACGGACCUCUCUCCGAACCAGGCAGUGCUCGAGCCUAUAGCAAUAGCAUCAUUCGCAGCAGCCGCACCACCCUUGACCGAAUGGAGGACUUUGAAGAUGAUCCUAGAGCCUUGGGGGCUCGAGGGCAUCGCCGUUCUGUUAGCCGUGGCUCCUACCAGCUACAGGCACAGAUGAACCGUGCAGUCUACGAGGACAGGCCUCCUGGCAGUGUUGUUCCCACAUCAGUGGCAGAAGCAAGUCGGGCCAUGGCAGGAGACACAUCACUGAGUGAGAACUAUGCCUUUGCAGGGAUGUACCAUGUUUUUGACCAGCACGUGGAUGAAGCAGUCCCAAGGGUGCGCUUCGCCAAUGAUGACCGGCACCGCCUGGCCUGCUGCUCACUGGAUGGCAGCAUCUCCCUAUGCCAGCUGGUGCCCGCCCCACCUACUGUGCUCCGAGUGUUGCGGGGCCACACCCGUGGUGUCUCCGACUUCGCCUGGUCCCUCUCCAAUGACAUCCUCGUGUCCACCUCUCUCGAUGCCACCAUGCGCAUCUGGGCCUCCGAGGACGGCCGCUGCAUCCGGGAGAUCCCUGACCCCGAUGGCGCCGAACUGCUGUCCUGCACCUUCCAGCCCGUCAACAACAACCUCACUGUGGUGGGCAAUGCCAAGCACAACAUACAUGUCAUGAACAUCUCCACGGGAAAGAAAGUAAAAGGUGGCUCCAGCAAGUUGACAGGUCGUGUCCUCGCUCUGUCCUUUGAUGCUCCUGGCCGACUUCUCUGGGCAGGUGAUGACCGUGGCAGUGUCUUCUCCUUCCUCUUCGAUAUGGCCACAGGGAAACUAACCAAGGCCAAGCGACUGGUGGUACAUGAGGGCAGUCCAGUAACCAGCAUCUCUGCUCGCUCUUGGGUCAGCCGAGAGGCCCGGGAUCCCUCACUUCUCAUCAAUGCUUGCCUCAGCAAACUGCUGCUCUACAGGGUGGUGGACAACGAGGGAACCCUGCAGCUAAAGAGAAGUUUCCCCAUUGAGCAGAGCUCGCACCCAGUGCGUAGCAUCUUCUGCCCCCUCAUGUCCUUCCGCCAGGGGGCCUGUGUGGUGACAGGCAGUGAGGACAUGUGCGUGCACUUCUUUGAUGUGGAGAGGGCAGCCAAAGCUGCAGUCAACAAGCUGCAGGGCCACAGUGCACCUGUACUUGACGUCAGCUUCAACUGUGAUGAGAGUCUACUCGCCUCCAGUGACGCCAGUGGCAUGGUCAUCGUUUGGAGGCGGGAGCAAAAGUAGGGUCUUGUCAGCCCGGCCCUCCCCACUGUCCUGUCACUCUCAGUUCUUUCUUCCUCCCUCUCCCCUCCCUCCUUGUGUUGUAAAUAAAGCUGUGCUGUGAGGGCCAGUUCCCAGAUCUGCCAGGGAAUGGCCACAAGGGAGCUCUGGGACCCAUAGACAAAUGGAGGCCCCAUCCUCAUUCUUGCAGUGAUGUGUUCAUUCAACAAGCACUUGCUGGGUACUUCCUAUGUCACAGUGUUUCACACAGUCAUGCAUUCAGCAGACACACUGAGCACCGAACCGUUUUAGGAAGUUGGGGACAUAGCUGUGACUAAACUGACAGAAAUCCUUACCCUUGUGGGCUGGCACCCCACACAAUAGAAAAGUCCCCAACUUAUGAUGAUUCAACUUACAAUUUUUCAACCUUCUGAUUUUUUGACUUUCUAAUGGUGCAAAAGUGUAUCCAUGUAGCUAGUCUGUUUUGUUUUUCACUUUCAGUGUAGUAUUCAAGAAACAACAUAAACUAGUCAACACUUGUUUAUAAAAUAGACUUUGUGCUAGAUGACUGUCCAGCUGAAUACUAAUGUUAAGUGAUCUUGGGCAUGUUUAAAAUAUGCCACGCCAUGCUAGGGUAUUUGGUAGCUCAACUGUACUAAAUUAAUUUUUAGGGUAUUUUUAACUUCAGAUAGGUUUAUUGAGAUGUAACCCUGUCAUAAAUCAAGGCUAAUCAUAACAAUAGGCUAGCUGAAGAUGAAGCAAGGAAGGGAGGUGAGUUACAGGAGUGGGGCUGGGCUGUUCUGGUGGUGUCAUCAAGGGAAGACAUUCCUGACAGAGUGGCAUUGAGAUAAGAGCUUGAGUGAAAUGAGAGGGAAGCUAUAGUAUGACAGGGAGAAGAACCUUCAACAGAGAGAAAAGCUAGUGCAUAGGCAUUGAAGACAGAAUGUGUUAGAAGGAUCCUUGUAUAAGCCAGAGCAUGGCUGUCUUAUAAUGUGAUAAUUAUCAGAUGAGACAGGCCAGGUGUUGUAGGGCUUCUUGGGCCAUGCUGAGGAUCCUGGCUUUUUUCCUGAGAAGAGGAGGAGGGAUGUGGCCUGGUGGUAGUGCAGGAUUUAGGGGAGGAGGAAAUAUUGAAGUCUACUCCGGGUGUUUCAUGAUGCUACAUUUUAAGUAAGACUUAGGAGGGCUAAGACUUCUAGAUUCCCAACUCAGCAGUUCCUGUGUAGCCAGCCCCACACUUGUCAAUGCAUUGGGAUGAUUCCCCCAAAGCAGGAAGCAGAGGUGUCAAGUUUUGGGAGUGUCACAACAGUAUGGGGGCAACCAUAGGCCCUGAGAUUGAACUAGGGCUUCUUCUAUGGGGUAGAGACAAUGGGGAAAUUUCUUAAGACCACUCUUAUUUCCUCCCAUGUCCACUCAGGGCCAAAAUACUAACCCUGGAAUGGAUCAGCGACAAAGGAAUGUCCAUUAUUGGAGGGGAGUUCCAAGUGAGAAGAGAUCACUUGGAUAUUAAGUUCCCCAAAUCUCUUGUCAGCCAGAAUCACCAGCAAAUAUCAAAGAAGUUCUCACUCCAGCUCCUCCUCUCCAAGUCCACAUGCUGUCACUUAUGUAUCAGUUUCAACUGUGGCUGACAUCUUAGGACCUCAGGGUCAGUGCACAGUUAGACAUUCCAACCUGGUAGCCCAAAUUUUCUGAGCUAUGGAACUAACACCUGCUGGUGUUAUUCCCUUUGAGGAAGGAAACUGAUCUCACAUUUGUCAGUCUGUUAUUUGAUAGUGUGGUUACUUGCACAAAGCACUUCUAACUGGAACUGCCCCUGGGAUUUAUCCCAUGAUAAGGUAAAUUGCUGAUGACCUAAGUCUAUCAGUGAGCUGGAUUGUUCAGAUGUGUGCCAGCAUCUCAAAACAGAGCUGAAAGCUCAGGAAUGUACUACGAGGACUCAAGUCUCAGCAUAUGGUUGCAUUCAUUGCUGUGAUUUAGUAUAGCUAAAAGAUACAGCAAAGAGAAAUGAUGUAUGGGACCAAGUGGUGUGGGGUGGCGAGGGAGAUCAGGCACAAGUUCACAAGAGUCCUUUCCUAUUGGACUCAUUCAGGAUGUGUUUACUUCUCUCAUUUGCUAUGUGACAGCUAUGUAACCAAAUUCCACACUCCUGGAAGGAAAGCAAGUGUUCAGCAUUAAUCCCAUUGUUUAUGCAAGUAAUUUAGACAGAGUGAGCUAUUCACCAUUUGGGGAUUAGGGGGAAUACUUCUGAAAUGUAAGUAAAUUCCCAGACACCAGUCAGGGUCUAGCCUUGAAGAAGGUCUUCUGGUGGAUAGCAGUUCAGACCUGCAUGUUGAUUCUUCUUUGCAUAGCCUGUAACCCCAGAUAGGUACUCACUAUCUACCAAAGUCUAUAGGUAGCAAGAGAAUUGGGGGAACUUGUUUUCUUUAACAUUAUGUUGUUUUUUUUGAGUCUAGAUUAAGGAUGGUUGAUCAUGAAUAUUGUUGUGCAUGAUUUGGGGGGAGGGAGUUCCUCUUUGUGAAAUUUCUGAGGUGGUAGAAUUGACCUACUACUUUAAAUCCAUCUUGAUAAUCCUUUUCCUGACCCCCAACUCAAGGGGAAAUAAAUACUGAGUAAACAAUAAAAGUUAAAACUA